AGCCCCGCCGCGAUUCCUUUAUCAACAUUAACCGGUUUCCGCGGAAACCAGCAUGCUCGCAAGCCCGCAUUGGCCCAACUGGCGCAUAUCCCUGGUGUGAAAUUGGCAAGGACCGCAUGCACCAAUCAUUUUUUUCAAUUGCAAAGAUCAGCGCACUUUGCACUGGUAGUAAUGAAUUGUUUACAAGUCUUUUUAAUCGCUGUCCCAGUUUGACCUGGCUCACUCUCAGCUAAUAAUAGUCCGUUGUAAAUAAAACAAUCCAGCUGUAUCUUUGCCAAUUCGUAGCCUCGUGAAUCGACAGGACACAGUCGGGAAUCGUGUAUUUUUCAUCAUAAGUCUACGCAGUUAUCGAAAACGGGUUUGUUUUAAAGUUUACGGGCAGCAAUGCCGUUCUGGAUCACGAGAAAGGUGCCCCAACUAGUUUAUCUUAAAUUUCAUUGAUUGCUUAAAAAAAUUUAGUUUGCGGAAAUGGAGGAAAGUGGCUUAGAUGCGGCUUGUGAGAGUCGCAAGCAAAGUGUCAUAACGUACGGGCCUGUGGAGAUCGCCCAUAAAGGCUACCGGUUUUUGAUAACCAUGAAGCCCACACAUGCCGGAAUGAUGGAAUACCUCCACGAAAUGAGGAUCCACAACGUGCAGACUGUUGUGAAACUAUGCGAGGAGAAUUACGACACCAAAACACUCACUAAUAAUGGAGUUGCUGUCCUGGACAUGUCCUUUCCGGACGGAAAGCCGCCGCCGGACUCAGUGAUUGAGGAAUGGUUUAAGGUGCUUACAACCUCCAGAGGGACAAACACAAAUGCCUGUGUAGCAGUUCAUUGUGUGUCCGGAUUGGGCCGAGCGGCUGUUCUGGUCGCAAUCGCCCUUAUUGAACUUGGAUUAAAGUAUGAAGACGCAGUGGAAAUUAUACGGGAAAAGCGACGUGGUGCCAUCAACAGCCGGCAGCUCGAGUUUCUCAAGAAAUACAAACGCCGCCAUCGGCUAGAGAACGACAAAAGUAAAUCGUGCAUUAUAUGCUAGGGAAACUGAAGUUUCCAAGAUCUUCACUUGUACUUAAAGUUGCCACUAGCUAUUAGUCAACUCAAUCGAUUUAGACUUAGGACAUGUUCUGUGAUUGAAUCUGAAAAACGAUGUAAAACAAUUAAUAUACCGCUGUUCAUUGCCAUGA